UUACCCAAACGUGGCAUGGAGAUGUCGCUCACAGCCCUCACUGCAAGCUUGCCUUGCCACAUGAUGGAGCCUGCAGGCCCACAUUUGCCGGGGGAUAUGUAGAUUUGGGGUGACAGCGAUAGAAUUGCUACAGAACUGGGUGCGAGUGUGCAUUUGGAGCUUCAUUGUGGGUCAAAUUCUCUUUAAAAGCCAGAGUUGGGAUCAGUGUGGUGAAGGACAGGAAACAGGCCACAUGCGUAACCUCAGGAGUUAACUUGAUUUUGGCUACCGCUGAGCCUACUCUCAUGCUUUCAGUAGAGGUCGCAGAGGUUACGGAGUGGAGCUUGCUGGUUCAGCUCUCUCUCUCUCCCCCUGACCUCAGCGGGUUGUCUCCUCAUUUUGUUUAGUGUGUGCAGCUUGUCCUCCUCUUCCCAAGUUAUUGAGAUAUGUCCUAGAGGCGAUCGAAGCUGCCCGAGAGUUAAUCAUCAAGCCCCCAUUCGUGCCCCCAUUCGUGUACUGCUCAAGACUUUGUAGCCGUGUAGGUGCCCGUCUCGGAUUUCUCGGUCAGCCAUCGUUGAACCCCUACCGUCUGCUCUCCUCAACUUCUGUUGAAAGGUGUUAAAAUCAUAAGCCAUGUCGUAAAACGAAUCCACAUCGUUCAGAAAGAUUAUUUUUACCGUUUCGAUCAAGCUGGCAGGUGUGGCUUCCUCCAGCUUCGAUCUGUGUUAACAGAAGCUACAAGAGUACUGAUCAUGUCCCUCCAAAGAUCCUAGACUUAUAGAUGAGCAGUGAGUGCUAUCGGUCCAAGAUUUGCAGCCAUGUCAGAAGCGAAUGUCAAGUUGGUUGGGGUUGUGUGGAGAUGGUGGACGCCCCAUGUGAUGUGUGUGAUUUGGACCAUGGCUAUGAAUAUGAUAACCGUGCUCGGGCAAGGCACUGGGUCUCUAACCGGGGCUGUAACCUUUCUGGAAAAUUAUGAAAGUCAAUCAGAUUCGCAACAUUUUCGGAUUCUUAACGAUGGCCACCAAGUGCAGCUCGUGUUGGAUGAAUAUGCAGCUUCUGGAUUUGGCUCCAAGUACCAGUAUUUAUUUGGCAAGAUUGGGAUGCGCAUGAAACUGGUUCCUGGAAAUUCUGCUGGCACCGUGACAGCAUAUUAUAUGUCAUCACAGACUCCGGGAUUACACGAUGAAAUGGAUUUCGAGUUCCUUGGAAACGUGACCGGGCAGCCUUACAUCCUGCAAACUAAUAUUUAUGCAAAUGGUGAAGGGAAGCGGGAGCAGCGCAUUUACCUAUGGUUUGACCCCACUUCAGACUUCCAUUCGUACUCUGUCUUGUGGAAUACACAGCAGAUAGUGUUCUAUGUGGACAACACACCCAUCCGAGUGUUCAAAAACAACAAGGACAUAGGAGUUCCAUACCCUGACUCCAAGCCGGUGGGGAUCUACAGCACAAUCUGGAACGGAGAGAACUGGGCUACAAACGACGGCUGGGUGAAGCUGAACUGGACCUACGCUCCUUUCGUCGCCACCUACGAGUCCUUCAACGUCGACGCCUGCCGUGUUGACAACGGCGACACUGCCAGCUGCAUGGCCCAAACCAGCAGCUGGUGGAUGUCGUCGGAGUACCAAACCUUGGGAGCUUAUCAAGUGAACCAGCUCGAAUGGGUUCGGAACAACUACCUUCUCUACGACUACUGUGCAGACCGCAAGCGAUCACCAGCUCCACCACCCGAAUGUGCUCGAAAUCCAUUGUAGAAGUCUACUAACCAGAGUCUGUAGCUGCUCAUUGUCCUCCAUUCAUGAAGCUUCUCUUGUACCCACAUGUGAGAGCAGGGCGAUUCAAAACCCAUUCCACGACUCCAAGCAUCAAGUCCACAUCUUAGCUGGCUAGGGGAAUGAAGUGAGCAGGUUAUCUCCAAUGAGUUGGUUUGUGUCGAUUUGAGAGCUCGUGGCGUUGAAUGAGUUUACAUAUAUCUUCCAUUGGAUUGAUUGUUUAUUUUUUUUAUUUUUUUGUCUGGGCGAUUCCAUUGUAUAUGCUGUCGUUCUAGCAACUAAGCUAUUGUAGAUCGAGUUCUGAUUUUGCAGACUUCUCCAAUGGUUGUGAAUUCUUAUUGUGAGCUUAUAAAGCCCGUUUGGUGGAUCGAAGCUCUGCAUCAAGCGUUAACAGACUAAAAUUUGAGUUCA